AUGAAUAAAAUCCAGCUAACAUUGCUGCUUUAUCAGUUCAUAAUUAUUACUAUUGCAAUCAAAGUGAUCAACAAUGGUUUAGCACCACCUGAAAUUGUCCACUCACCUAUAGCAAUCAAACCUAGGUGUAUUGUUGAAGCAGAACCGUUGGAUUUGGUAUUUGUGCUGGAUAGCUCAGGUUCAUUGAAGAAUAAAUUUCAAGAUGAAAUCAAUAUCAUUCGUCGGAUCGUCAAUCAUGUCACCAUCGGAGAAUCCGCUACACGGGUCAUGCUUAUACAAUUCAGUGGUGUUCAACAUUUGGAGUUUAAUUUCAACAAAUUCAAGGAUCGUGAAGAUAUUCUUGCUGCUCUAGAUGUAUUAAGGCAUGUCUCAGGCAUAACACGAAUGGGUGAUGCAUUUGAAUAUACUCUUAGUAUGCUGAAUGAAGAAAAUGGAAUGAGGCCUUCGAAUGUACCAAAGAUAUUAUAUUUAUUAUCGGAUGGUCGAACGCAUGAUUAUCCCAAAGAUACAGAAAUGGCAGAUUUAUUGAGGCAACAAAUUAGUAACAUUGAUAUCUAUGCUUAUGGAACUGGUGAAUAUGUUGCUGUGGAUGAACUGAUCGCUAUCACAAAGGAUCCAAAAAAAAUUAUAACAAAUCAAAAUUUGGAAGAAUUGGAGCCGAUUUUUGAUCGUUGGAAGGGUACUGAAGUCUGUGAGAAAUUACCUGUUUGCAUCCGUGGAUCUGAUAAACCACUUGAUUUGAUUCUGAUUAUUGACUCUUCCGAGUCAGUUGCUCACCUUUUUGAUGAACAAAUCAGAUUUGCAAUUGAACGAAUCAUCCGAAAUAUUAAUAUACAUCCGGAUGCUGUCAGGUUGGCUUUGAUUACUUAUUCUGGAAAAGCAUACAUUCAUUUCAAAUUCAACGAUCCACAAUUUGGUAACAAUACAGCGGUAAUAAGACAUUUAAAUGCGUUGAAAUCAAUUAAGAGUACCACUUCGACACAUAUCGCAUUACAUCAAGCUUACAAGCUGAUAACGGACACUGGAGUACGUGAAAGAAUUAAAAAGAUGAUUAUCAUAUUUACGGAUGGACACUCGCAAUAUUCACCACAAGAAAUGGCCUUACGUCUUAAAAAUGAAGGCGUGGAAAUUUUCGCGAUAGCAUUAACCCCAGCACCAUAUGCAGAUGAGAGCGAACUAUUGGACAUCACGCAGAAUUCGGAUCAUAUUUUCACGCCUGUUAAUUUAAAGGAUUUCGAAACCAAAUUUCUACCGUAUAUUGGCUUUGGUUGUGUUGGUGUAGAUUUGGGAUCUGAUCCAGAACCAAGGAUUCGUGGUGCUACCGAUAUUACUUGUGAUAGAAGUUCUCUUACACUUACUGUCCGAACGCAGCAGCCAAUGACAGGCCUUAUGUAUGCACAACAGUAUUACGAUGAUACGAGAUGUGUGAAGGUAACUGAUGGAUCAUCCAGAGAAAUUUCGAUCACAUUUUACGAGGGCACAUGUGGCCUUAUUAAAAUACCAACUACACAACGCGAUGGCUAUACAUUCAAUAUUACUGUGAUAUUGCAAUUUCAUCCAAUUAUCAUCACAAGAGCUGAUCAAGGCUUAAGUAUAUCAUGCUUCUAUCAACAACCAGUGCCACCACAAGAAGUGGGUCGUUCAUUAAUUAAGAAACUUAGCGAUACUGAGUGCUCAUAUCGACUUCAUCGAUUUGCUCCUGAUCAAUGCGUUCCAUUGGAUGCUAAAGUUGGAGAAUCGUUAUAUCAUAGAUGGGAAUGCAAUAGUCCAUCAAAUUAUCAAUAUCUGGUACAUGAUUGUUUCGUUAAAUCAGAAACGAAAAAUGUGCUAAUUAUGGAUUCCAACGGAUGUGAAGUAGAUCCACAUUUCCUGGAAACUCCUGAUUAUACGAAAUUUUCUAAGAACUGGAAAAACGAUGCAUAUAUUUUCAAGGAAAUGAGCGUAUUCAAAUUCCCGGGAGAUGGUAAUGUUGUCUUUCAAUGUCAGAUAUCACUGUGUGAUAUGGAAAGCGAUGAUGCAUGCAAAACUAUGAUUCCUCCACGCUGCCCGCAUAAUUCGACGUUAAGGUUAGGACGUGAAACACGAGCUAAGAUCAAACCCGGAUUCGCAAUGACCUUUGAUGUGGGAACUCGAAUGUUAAACGUUUUGGAAAAUGAAUCAACUCGGCCGGCUACUUCUAUUAAAUAUUGCGAUAUCAGGAUAUAA